CUACGUGGUGAGGAGUGGGACCCCUGUCGUGCACCAACACCACGAUGGAUGACUAUCCGAUGUAUGGGCUACUUGUUGGGUUCUCCCUCUGGGGGACCCUCUGGCGUCUCCUCUUUCCUCUGGGCUUUUGGCCCACUCUCACAUGUAGAGUAGGGCCCACUCGCAGUGGGACUUCCACCACCCCUUACACGAAGGAGGAGGAGGAGAAGAUGGCCGCCAUUCUGCAGGAGAAGAAGGAGAAGAAGGCCUUGAAGGAGGAGCAGGCGGCCAAAUUAAAGAAGAUGGAAGAAGAGAUGGCCAGGGAGAAAGAGAAGUUGAAAAAGGAAGAAGAAGAGAAGCUGAAGGAGGUGGAUGAAGAAGAGGAAGGACCGCCACUGCAAAGGAGUAGUGGGCAGCCCAGUAGUAAUACCGGUGGAGACUUAGAGAAGAGGAUAUCUGAAUGGGUUGCCAACCUGACUGUGGGAGAAGAGGAAGAGGUUAGUAUGUACAUCCCGCAGGAUCAGCAAGAAGCCGCCAUGAAGGCUUCGGAGGCAGAGAAAGACCCUCUGAAACRUCAAGCGUUGGAAGACGAGAAGAGGAUGGAAUGGAAAUUAGCGGUGAUGCGGGAGAAGAAGAGGAGAAUUGACAAGGCAGCGGAGGCGGCAGAGGCCUUAGAGGAAGUGAAGAAUAUAGAGGCGCAAUUAGCUGCCCAGCCCGAUCUCCCAAAUCAAAUGCGAGUCAUAGCUCGAAGCGUUGCAUGCCUAGCACGCGUUCAGGCAGACCAAUAUGACUUUAGCGGAAGCCAGGACAUAGCGGUGCGCUCGAUACGGUUGGGCUUUCGAGACUUUGCUCGCGAACUGGUAGGUGCCGUUGGAGUCAAGGUGGGUCAUCGCCUCGACAAGACUGAGCGGUUCUGCGCCGGCGCCAUUGAAGGCGUCAAGGCGGCAGCUCCCAAGGAGGAGGAAGCACGUCUUCCUCGCCGGGAGCCUGUCAAAGUCAAGUUCCCCGAUUCCUACAGCGGGAAGAGGGAGGAAAACUUUGAUAAUUGGGAGGCCAACGUUAAGACCUAUGUGCACUUGCAACAGGUCUCCCUAGAUCAGCAAGUCUUAAUUGCUAUCCACGCACUGAGAGAUGAGGCUGCCAGUUUUGCAAGGUCCCUAGUUCGCGCUGCCAACUGUAGUGAUGAUCCCAUUGCGUACUCCUCAUUUACGUCCCUCACCGAAUUUCUGAAGUUGCUGCGCGAGCGAUUUGCUGAUGUCGCUCGCGGUGUCAAGGCCUCAGACAAGCUCCAAACCAUCCAUUCUCAUGCUGGGACUCAUCGGGUCGCCACACCGAAAAUCCUCAAGUUUGUCUGCCAGGGUGGCACGUAUUCGCUUUGGGAUGAGGCGAGAAGAGAAUCCGGCAGUUCAGGACAAGAGGUUGGAGGGAAGGAGGUUGGAGGAAUGGGUGUUGUGCGUGACAACUCUGGAGGGGAGUCGAUGUCUUCGGAGAAGAAGUGCGAGCGACAAAAGACGGUACGAGAUGAGGUGGCGGAACAAGCCAGACAAAUGAAGAGGAUGAAAGGACCCUCGGCGUCGAUGAUUGGCGACGAUGAAGGUGACGUCGGGGAACGUGCCUUGGGAAAAAGAACGCCAGGGAUGCGUAGCGCACAAAAAAAAGAAGUCAAAAAGAGGCAGUCGAAGCAAGAACCUAGAACAACAAGUAAGAAAGCGAGGAGGGUCGGGAGUCUGACCAUCGGCGAAGGGCAUGCCGUGAAAGCUAUGGGUGAAGGAGAUACGACUCGUCACGGCAUUGCCGCCGCGGGAGAAUCUUGCGAGAAAUCUAAAAGGAAACUGCCCGUUGAAGAAGGCGAUGAUGGCCAGAAGAACUCCCAGAGGAGGAAGACUGGUGAGGGGACGAGUGGUGGCGAAAGGGCAGGUGCUAGGCAAUACGACGAAGCGGCGGCGUUUUGGCUUGAAUACGAGCGAAAUGAUGAUGGUGACGUCGUGGAGAAGGAGAACCCAAUUCAACUCAUCAUUGACCCGAGGAAGAAGCCGGAGAAAGCUCAGAGGGUUCACAAGGAUGUCUUCAAGCCAGAGGAGAAGGACAAAUACUUCUAUUACCCCGUGAAUGGACAACACACCGUGGCUGCCGUGAAGGAAUCCGAUGCGAGAGUCAUGUGGUUCUCCGAUGAUGACUUUGGGGGGUAUUUUCAGGCCAGUCUAGCGGAAAAUGCACAACACAAGAUGUUUAUGCAGCGUCUGCAGAAGGCCACUUUUGAGGACAUGCGGGAGGCAUGGGAGAAGAAUGGAAGACCGGUGGCUGUUCAAGGAAACCCUUCCGGCAAGGAGGCCGAAAAGCAAGCGUUUUUCGAGUUUCAGAAGCUGCUUUUGGGAAAGAGUCCCAACGACGCUCAUUGGCUGAUGGCACGUAAUCCGACAACGCUCGCCGAUAAGGAGAAAGUUGCGGCUGUUUGCAUUGCAUUGAGGCAAUGGAUGCCGUUCGUGACGGCCGCUGAUGAGGUUUUCCAUAAAGGCAUGGAGUUUUACGGGAAGUGGGCCGAGGGAAAGUUGUUAGGCGGAGACGGAAAGACGUCGUUGUCGAAGCCUGACAAAUACAUGCCAGACAAAUCUUUGGGGCUUCAAGCGAUUCCGGGAAUGGGCGUGAAAGGGGCAGCUGGUGAGACAAAGAUGGGGUGGCUAGUCCGGGUCCCUUCGCCUCAGACGAAAAAGAAAAUGCAAUUGGAUGACAAGUUUUUCGUCGUCGUGAAGGAGUCGGACAUGUUCUGUUGGCAAUGUCUUGCUGACAUGACCGAUGACGAAAAAUUGUCGAUCCUCGAGGACGUUGUUGCGUUUAAGGGAGUUUUCAUGAAAGGCAUGACCAAGCUUAGUGUUCACCACGUGAGGACAGGGAAGUGGGUGCGCUAUGCACAAAGGAAGGUCAUAGUCCGGGAAGGCAAUAUGCUGGUGGACGAAUAUGAUCGUCUGUACGUCGUUUUCAACGGCGAGAACUUGGCAGACAAUAUGGUCGCAGUGUUCCCAUCCGGUAGUCCAUCAAAGCGGCCCCGAGGGAAUGCUCCAAGUCCGGGCAAACCCGUGGGGCCGGCCCGCUCGAAAGUUGGUUGUUCUUCCGACCCUUCGGGGCAGGCUGUUGUCUGUUUCGACGUGGCAGGCGAGGAUAAGUUCCCUCACAGCCAGUGGGAGGACGGCGGUGUCGCAACUAUUCGAGGAGCUGCUUACGGGAACCCGGAAAAGAACCCAGCUCAUCUAAUUGGUCUACUCGAAAACUUUUGUAGAGUUGGCCAAACUGUUUUCUUGUUUGGGAAGGCGCAUGCAUCUGUCGUAUGGGAGCUCCUGUGUAGCGGUCGGAAUGUCGUUGUGUUAGAGGACGAGGCGAGGAUGAUCGAUUACCUUCUCAAGUUCGUGAAGACACACGUGGGGGACGUUCGCAACCAUUGCUCUUUUGUCCAGAGCAUCGGCGAACGGAAUUGGGAUCCCAAACAUGACAUGUAUUGGAAAUUGUCGGAGAAGAAAAGGAUGGAGGUUUGGGAUUUCCUUUUCCAACCAGAACCGCCUGCUCAGACCGACCUGGAAUACAAUCGACGGAGAAACUUGGUGUUCGGUGUGCUGAAUGGUUACCACGAUGCACCCAGGGAGUCUAUCGCAAAGUUCCUGAAAAGGCUGGAGCACGUUUUCUUCUUGAUGACAGAACCACUAACCCUCGAGAACUACAAGGCGCAGUUCGACGAGGACGACCCGUUCAACGCUGAAGACAUCGAGGAGGAGGUGGUGGAGGAGGAGACGAAGGAGACGGCGAAGGUGACGGAGGAGACGGAUCAGGAUCUCAUGGAGGAGGUCACAGAGGAGACGACUCAGGAUCUCGGAAAGGGGUCAGGCGGAAAGGGGUCGGGCAGAAAGGGGUCGGGUGGAAAGGGGUCGGGCGGAAAGGGGUCGGGCGGGAAUGGGCCGAGUGGAAAGGGGUCGGACGAAAAGCGUAGAGCGUUCGGGAGUCGCGAGUCUAGGAAAACUGAUAGCCACUGCGUAGGGAGUCGAGAUUCCGACAUGCGAGACGAGGCCGCCCUGAAGUCUUAUCAAGUGCAAGUAGAUUCGCACUUGUCUGCGAGGACUUUGUUUCCCAAUGUCGAGGAGAGUCCGUCCCACCGUACGCAGCCGACGUCUCCUGUGCACAACACCUUGCUCGUGCGCCUCUUGGAAGAGGGCGAACGUCUGCAGCAUACGGCAGCAUCUCCUGAGCGGCAAAACCAUUCCUUGGCAGGAGCUGCGUCUUCGUUUUGCCUAGAGGCGGAGAUGCCUGCAUUGCGAAGGAGCGAAAGUGCGACCGUCAUGUCCCUCAGCUCCGGCGAACGCCACAAACUCCGAAUAGAUUCAGAGUUACUGACGUCGCCCUGUGGGCCUUCCGCAUGCAGUGCUCGCCGCAAAGUCCGAAUAGAUUCGGAGUUACUGACGUUGCCCUGCGGGCCUUACGCCAAUAGUGCUCCUCAUGCUACAAUUCUGCGGGGCCGAGAAAAUGUGAGGUCCAACACCCCGCAUCUUCAGUUGGGCACAAUGUUCCCCUGCUCAUCGUCGUUCUCAUAUGCUGAGACUCAAGACUGGGCAGUCUCGCAAAGUGUUGGAGGGGCCCACUGCAGGAGUGUUGGAGACUGGGGUAGCGAGUAUGAACGCCAUGCGUUAGAGGGUGUAUCCGUCGACUUUGAGAGCAAGAGUACAGCAGCUCCGGGGGAAGAGAAGCUCUCACCGGGAGCGCAUUCUGUACAGCGGGAAGAGGAGACUCAACACUGGCAGUCUCGCAGAAUGUCGGAGACCGGGGCUAGCGAGUAUGAACGUCAUGCUUCGGAGGGUGCGUCCGUUGACUCUGAGAGCAAGAGUACAGCAACUCCGGGGCAAGAGGAACUCUCACAGGAAGCGCAUGCUCUGCAGCGGGAAGAGGAGACUCAACACUGGCCGACUCGCGAAGUGUUGAAGGGGCUCGAUGCAGGAGUGUUGGAGACCGGGGCUAGCGAGUAUGAACGUCAUGCUUCGGAGGGAGUGUUGGAGACCGGGGCUAGCGAGUAUGAACGUCAUGCUUCGGAGGGUGCAUCCAUCGACUUUGAGAGAAAGAGUACAGCAACGCAGGGGGAAGAGGAGCUCUCACAGGAAGCGCAUGUUCUGCAAUGGGAAGACGAGACUCGACACUGGCCGGCUCGUGAAGUGGUGAAGGGACUUGAUGCAGGAGUGUUGGAGACCGGGGCUAGCGAGCAUGAACGUCAAGCUUUGGAGGGUGCGUCCGUCGAUUCGGAGAGCAAGAGUACAACAGCUCCGGGGGAAGAGCAGCUCUCACAAGAAGCACAUGCCCUGCAGCGGGAAGAGGAGACUCAACACUGGCCGGCUCGCAAAGUGCUGAAAGGGCUCGACGUAGGCGUGCUGGAAACCGGGACGUCCGAAGAGGUUUUGCACAGUCGUUCGGCUGUGGCGACGACGCAAGAGGGUGACGUCAAGGGAGGUCGGUGGACGUUUGUGGAAGGCAAUGACCGUGGGGAGGAAGGACGUGCGUGGACGUUUGUGGAAGCUCGGCUUCUUGGCGAUGAGGAAGGGGAAGAAGAACCCGUGGUGGAAGCUCGACUUCAUGGCGAUGAGAAAGGCGAAAAACCCGUGGUGGAAGGCGGUGAGGUGGCGGUCGGCAUCCAGAUGGAUCCAGAACCGAAAGAUCAUGAUUCUCCGUCCACCCGUUGCGGUGAAGAACAAGGUGAUCGAGCGUCUGUCCUCAGUACCGGUCGGGAAAUGGUACUUCAUGAAGCCAUCGAGUUGGGUAGCGACUCAGCUGCCACCGAGCUCGUUAGCGAUUCAGUCGUGGCCAAGGUGCAGAACGUCGAAUCCUCAGUGGACGUUGGCACAGUAGCGCGACAGGAGGGCUAUUUUCCUCAAACGACUCCCGAGCACGGUAAGAUUUGUGAAUAGUAGCACUCGCAUAUCUGUCACAAUUCAGCUCUGUGUUCAUCCAAAUUGAUGUG